AUGACCAUCGAAGCGUACGAAGCCGCGCUGUGGCCGCUACGCCGCCCCAACCGGCACGUGUACAUGGGCACGCUUCCGUGCGACGCCACGCCUGCGGUAACACUGGUCGAGGGACGCGCUCCCUUCUCCAUCGCCAACGUGCCCGCGUGGUCGACCGUGCUGUCCGAGAUCCUCAGCAAAGCAGCGACCGCGCUCUGCCUCCAGGCCUCGCCCGCCAUGACCUUGGACGUCAUCGAGUCUCAUUUCAGUGUCGCUUGCGCCGGCGCCAGCACCGACUUGACGCCGAUGACGCUAGGGGCCAUUGGCACGCUUCUCGUCGUGCUGCCGUCGGCGUACACUGGUGGGUCGCUAGCGUGGACGCUCGGCGCGACGACAACGACGUUGGAGCCAACGUCAGAGGUGCGCUACGUCGUUGUACCGCUCGGCGCGGUGUUGGCGUCGGCGCCCAUCACGGCCGGUACCCGACACAUGCUUGUGUUUGACAUUGUGCGCCGGCAUCCCAGAACGCGUGCGAUUUUGCUGUCGAGCCGAGACGCCAUGCUACACGAGCUGACGCGCAUUGCGUCGAUGCCAAUGCUCCAGGACCAACGCAUCGCGCACGUCCUCACGGCUCCGGUCCUCGCGUUUGAGGCGCUUUGCCCCGCCGACGCCGCCAUCCUCGACGUGCUUUUGGCCACGCGGCGCUUCGACGUCGCUCUCGUUGAAGUCGACGCAGUCGUCAACACCUGCCGCCCGCACCCGUCGUGUAUGAUCCCCGACGCGGUCGUCGCGAGUCUCGUCGGCAAGCGCGUCCAUCGCUUCCUCAGCGGCGAGAGCGAAUCACGCUACCAACCGAAGGUCGCGCUGCUGUUUUGGCCGACGCAGUACCGCGCCGGCAUUGUCGGCUUGGCCGCGGCGAUGCUGAGCGCUGAGCCCAGCUCGACUUGGCAUCUCGGUCUCGCUCUCUGGAAGCGAAGAUUGCCGGCCUUUUUGCCGCAUCUGUGUCAUCGGCUCUUGGCGUUUGGCGAUGUUGAUCUCAUCGAGAUCUUUGUCUCGGAUGUCCUCGGGUCCGCGCUCCAGUUCGACUCGCCGCCAUCUCUGACGACGCUCGCGGAGCUCGUGCGAACCUGCUUGGUGACACUGGGAUGGUGCCGACUCGGUGGUGCCGUCGCGCGGCUCGUGGCUCGCUGGGUGGAGUGCACCAACCUGAUCGACGCGCCGAAAGCGUGCCGGCUUCUCGCAAGCUUCGCCGGUGUCGCCGACGAGCCGCUCUGCGCUGCCCUCGACGUCCCGUUCGUCGGCGAAUUCAUCAAAGUGUGUUUUGAUGUCAUCUGCACACGUCUGGCCGGCGAACGCUACGUUCCGAGCGACAUUGGCGCAAGCUACAUCCUCUUGGACGCGUACCUGGACGGGCUCACGGCCAAUGACGCGGCGCAUUUGCCGACCAACUGGCUCGAUGGCCGCGUACCGGCGUCGGUCAUUGCGAUCAUCGACGACUACCUCUACGUGCGCCAAAACCGCGUCGCCACGUUGCUUUGGCACUGCAAAUCCGACGUCGAUACGCUUCGAUUCGUGCCGGCGGCCGUGCUGCAAGCACUCACGUUCGAGGUAGCGCUGCCAGUAAAGGUGUACGUGGAUGCUCUCGUGUCGGCCCUCGACACUGCCGCCACGCGCAGCGACGGGGACGGACAACACUAUCGCUGUUACGUGGAGCCCAAGAACCUCCGCGACAUCUUUUUGUGCACGGCCCAUCGCUGCAGUCGACGCCUCCUCGACGCCGCCUACGCACUCGGCGACUCGAGGACUGUCCAUGUCGUCUACGAGCUCGUUCAGGGGCAAGUGCUUGCGCCGUCCAUGCACGGUGUUGUCGCUGGGUGGGCGCUGGGCGUCGCCCAGGCGCUGGUCGCCAGCACCUCUCGAAUGGAUGCGCGCACCGAAGUGGCUGUGAGCGUGACCAAGCUUCUCGCGAUCGUCGCCCCCGAGGCCGUGGCAGGGUUCUUGACGUCGUGGGCGGCAGCUCUUCCGGCGACACUUUACGCCCGCCGGGCGCAUUUGUACCGCGCUUUGAAGCAGCUACAGGCUGUGCUUGCCGCUCCCCACCGCAACAUUUUCGUGCACCUGGCGGCCACUUGUCGGGACACACUCGUUGCGAACGGCGCGCUAAACCCGAUCCCUGACUUGCCCGACUUUGUCUACGAUGACAUUCCGGUCGACCGGCGCCACUGCCAUUACUGCGCAGCGUUUGCUACCUUCUUGGCCGACGGCACCGAGACCAGGAUCAACGCUUUGCGUUUCACCUGCCGUGUUUUGCGCGCCAUUAUCGCUGCCAACGCCGAUCGGCUCGAGAUGGACCGUCGACGCGUCGUCAUCAAGGUGCCUCAACCAGGCCACGCCACGUUGCGCGACCUCUCUUUGCACCGCCAGCAGCAAUGGCAGCGCGCCGAAGAUCGCAAAAUGGUGAUGUCGCUCGAGGCGUCGAUGGCUAAACCCUCGACCGAUGACAUCAUGGCGGGAUGGUCCGACGCCGCGGACAACUAG